AUGCCGAAUUCAGCAAGUUUGGAGCGUACGAGUAAGAUCCGAAAUUUGACACCGUACAUAGACGACGACGGAGUGCUUCGGUCGGAAUCCAGAAUCUUCGCUGCGACGUUCGUGUCACAUGAUACCAGAUUUCCGAUCAUCUUUCCGAAGGAACACUUAGUGACCCGACUGCUACUACAAUGGUAUCAUCGGAGAUUCCUACACGCAAACGGUGAGACGGUUGUGUAUGAAGUGAGACAACGCUUCCAUGUGCCGGCCCUCCGUGCUCAGGUGCGCAAGGCGGCCAAAUCUUGUCAUGAGUGCAAAGUGAAGAAGGCGGUUCCAGAAGUUCCCCGAAUGGCUCCACUUCCUGCGGCGAGACUAAAACCGUACGAGCGUCCAUUUUCUUACGUGGGCCUCGACUACUUCGCAGUUCGGGUAAACAGGAAUACGGUGAAGAGAUGGAUAGCAUUGUUUACUUGCCUUACCACGCGUGCCGAUCAUCUGGAGAUAGCCCAUUCGCUUUCUACCGAGUCUUGCAUGCAAGUUGUGCGACGGUUUAUCGGUCGCAGGGGCUCGCCGGUAGAGAUCCGCAGCGAUAGAGGAACGAGCUUUGUGGGGGCGAAUAAUGAACUGCGUAUGGAGAUGUCCGCGAUGAACGGGCGGCUUGCCGAAACGUUUACGAACACGACUACACGCUGGGUGUUCAAUCUGCCGGCUGCGCCACACAUUGGUGGUUCUUGGGAACGAUUCGUUAGGUCUGUUAAAACGGCGAUGGCAGCAAUCAAAACUACUGAAAUCCCGAAGGAAGAGGCGUUAGCUACAUUUGUCGUAGAGGCCGAGAGCGUGGCUAAUUCCAGGACACUGACGUUCAUUCCUUUGGAAAGCGAACAGCAGGAGGCCCUUACGCCGAACCAUUUUAUCCUGUUGAGUUCUACUGGAGUGGUGCAACCACCGAAGAUGCCGGCAGAUCCAGAGAUUACUAGAGGUCAGCAGAGCAGACUGGCAACUCUGCCGGUCCAUGGUAGACCAGUUUUGGAGAAGAUGGAUACGGGAGUACCUGUCGACUAUUGCACGGCGGACCAAGUGGUUUGA